CCAUAAAAAAUGGAGUUGCAAUGGAUACUGUCUCCGGUUUUCCUGCUAGUAGUUCAACUCCCCGUUUCCUUCUCACUGCCUAUAAGAGGAAACGAGACUGAUAGACUCUCCCUACUAGGUUUCAAGGCUCAGAUUGCUGACCCCCUUGGCACACUGAGCUCGUGGAAUGAAUCCUUGCACUUCUGCGAGUGGUCAGGAGUUACAUGUGGAAAGCGGCACCAAAGGGUCGUAGAGCUUGAUCUACACUCCAGCCAACUGGUGGGCAGUCUAUCUCCCUACAUCGGGAACUUGAGUUUUCUUAGGGUGCUAAAAGUGGAAUACAACAACUUCAGCCAUGAGAUUCCUCGAGAAUUAGGUCGUUUGUCUCGCCUACAAACCUUGGUCCUUGGGAACAAUUCAUUCACUGGUGCAAUCCCAGUGAAUAUCUCCCAGUGCUCGAAUCUUGUGAACCUUCGUUUAGAGGGGAACAAUCUUAGGGGCAAACUUCCUGCAGAGCUUGGAUUCUUAUCGAAGCUGCAGGUGUUUGUUUUCAGAAUGAAUAAUCUAGAAGGUGAGAUACCUUCUUCUUUUGGAAAUCUUUCAUCUAUUGUGGAACUUAGUGGGGCAGUGAAUAAAUUGCAAGGAAGCAUUCCAGAUAGUAUUGGGAAUUUGAAAAGGUUGAAAUUCUUUUCUUUCGGCAUAAAUAGUCUGAGUGGUAUAAUCCCUCCCUCCAUGUACAAUAUAUCUUCUCUUGUUCGUUUCUCUGUGCCCACAAACCAGUUUCAAGGGCAGCUUCCUCCGGACCUAGGCCUAACUCUUCCAAAUCUUGAAGUUAUUCGAAUUCACACCAAUCAAUUCAGUGGACUGAUUCCAGCAACACUCUCAAAUGCCUCGGAACUUACUCAUGUUCAUCUUUCAUCCAACAACUUCUCUGGGAAAGUGCCCAAUUUAGCCAUGCCUUAUCUACAGUGGCUUUCGUUGCAAGCCAAUUAUCUCGGAGAUGGCGAGGAUGAUGAUCUGAACUUUCUCUAUCCCCUCGCAAACAGCACCAAUUUGGAAGCUUUGGGUAUAAAUGACAACAAUCUAGGAGGAGUGCUGCCUGAAAUAGCUAGUAACUUCUCAAGAAAGCUCAAGAAGAUGAUAUUCGGAAGAAAUCAAAUACGUGGAAGCAUUCCAGCUGAGAUAGGAAAUCUGGUAAGCUUGGAUACUUUGGCUUUGGAGGCAAAUCAAUUGACCGGAAUUAUACCAAGUUCUAUUGGUAAACUACAAAAUUUAGGUGUUUUGUUUCUUAAUGAAAACAGAAUAUCAGGCAGCAUACCGUCUUCCUUGGGGAACAUCACCUCAUUGAUUGAAAUUGAUUUAGGAUACAACAAUUUACAGGGAAGCAUCCCACCAAGUCUUGGAAAUUGCCAGAACUUGUUGACCUUGGCUCUCCCUCAAAACAAUCUGAGUGGUCCGAUACCGAAAGAGGUACUUGGUAUUUCAUCCUUGUCAGAGUUUUUGGUCCUCUUUGGGAAUCAGUUGUCUGGUCCCCUUCCCUCAGAAGUGGGUAAGCUGGUGAAUCUUGGAGAACUGGACAUCUCCAGAAACAGGAUAUCAGGGGAAAUUCCGAGGAGUCUUGGCAGUAGCGUGAGUUUGGAAUAUCUGUACUUGGAUGGGAACUUCUUCCGAGGCCCCAUUCCCGAGUCUCUGCGUUCCUUGAGAGCACUUCAAGAUCUUAAUCUCUCUUACAACAACUUGACAGGCCGAAUUCCGAAGUUUUUGACAGACAUUAAGUUGCGGAGUUUGGAUCUAUCAUUUAAUGACCUAGAAGGCGAGGUGCCUAUGCUUGGUAUCUUUGAGAAUUCAAGUGCAGUUUCGAUUUUGGGAAACAAGUUAUGUGGUGGAAUACCACAGCUGAACCUGUCCAAGUGCAUCUCCGAUAAGUCAACAGAGCCAAAACCUUCUACCAAGCUGAUAGUGAUAAUCACUAUUUCUUUCAGCAUUCUUGGAUUAAUCUUGAUGAUAUCUUUGUUAUUUUUUUGUUGUUCAAGAAAAAAAGAAAAUAAGCCUGCUUCAGGGAGUUCAUGGGAGACCUCAUUUCGAAGGGUAACAUACGAAGACCUCCUUCGAGCAACUGAUGGAUUUUCUUCUGCAAAUUUAAUUGGUGCUGGUAGUUCUGGGUCUGUGUACAAAGGAGUUCUCGCGUCAGAUGGAACGAUUGUUGCGGUGAAAGUAUUCAACUUGCUACAUAAAGGAGCUUCAAAAAGCUUUGUGGCAGAAUGUGUGGCCAUGAUAAACAUCAGACACCGAAAUCUCGUCAAAAUUUUAACGGUAUGUUCUAGCAUUGAUUUUCAAGGCAAUGAUUUCAAGGCUCUUGUUUAUGAGUUCAUGAUCAAUGGGAGUCUAGAAGAGUGGUUGCGUCCAGUUCAUACAUCGGAGGAAACACACAAGCCAAGAAAUCUGAACCUCGUCCAGCGGCUAAACAUUGCAGUUGAUGUGGCUAGCGCACUUGAUUAUUUGCACAACGAUUGUGAAAUGCCUAUUGUUCAUUGUGAUCUGAAGCCCAGCAAUGUUCUUCUGGGUGGUGAUAUGACUGCCCAUGUUAGUGACUUUGGAUUAGCAAAGUUCCCUUCAGAGGACCCGAGGCAGUUACCUUCGGGUCUGACAAGCACUGUUGGAAUAAGAGGCACUCUCGGAUAUGCAGCCCCCGAGUAUGGUACGGGAACUGAGGUGUCAACUUGCGGGGAUGUGUACAGCUAUGGCAUUCUGUUGUUGGAGAUGAUUACAGGAAAGAGACCUACAGAUGACAUGUUUAAAGAUGGACUGAACCUUCACAGUUACGUUAGAAUGUCAUUGCCUGACUUUGUUGGGGAAGUUGCGGACCCUACACUAUUUAGAGAUGUUGAGGAAACAGAUGCCGAUGCCUCUCAUAUGAUGAACCAUAUCCGAAAUGACAAAAUUCUAGAGUGUUUGACUUCAAUUAUCACCCUAGGACUUGCGUGUUCUGCAGACUCGCCAAGGGAGCGUAUGGACAUCAGAAAUGUUGCAGCUGAAUUGCAUCGAAUCAGGAGCAGUUUCCUGGGAACUUGGAGGCAUUGAGUUUAAUCAGUUUAGGAACACGCUUGUGCAGUUGUGUU